GAAAGAAUGAACACCCCAUGGAAGGAGCAAGAGCAGCUGCACAAGUGGUGAGGCAGGGAAGGACAUCCCAUCUGGAAGAACCUGCAGGUGCCAUCCAGUCGCUCUGCCUCACGUCACGGAUCGCCCUCAGUCAGAAAUCUUGACUUGCAACUUCGGAGGGUGGGUCCCUGCAGGAAUCCCAGCGCCCGCACGCAGCGAUGAGGAGCGCUGCCCUCUGGUAGCAGGCGCCCUGCUGGAGGCUGGAACGCGGGCAGUCGGCUGCGGAGCCGGGGCUGGGGGCGCCUUCUGUGGACUGAAGCUCCAGAAAGGAAUGCUGUGAAAGGAAACGUGACACUUUAAUAUAUAUACACACACAUACAUAUAUAUACCGCACCUGAGUUCGUUGGAAGUGAGCUGUCAUAUACACUCAAGAAUGUUUCAGACGUUUAAAGACUGGUUUUGGUUGGAAAGAUUCUGGCUCCCUCCAGCAAUAAAGUGGUCAGACCUCGAAGAUCACGAUGGACUCGUCUUUGUAAAACCCUCUCAUCUGUACAUGACCAUCCCAUAUGCCUUUGGCUUGCUGAUUAUCCGACAUUUCUUUGAAAAAUUUAUCGCCACACCUCUAGCAAAGGCGUUCGGUAUUAAAGAGGAAGUUCGGAAGAUUAUACCAAACACUGUCUUAGAGACUUUUUACAAACGCUCUACGAGGAAACCAUCUGAGGACGAUGUUUAUGGCCUGGCAAAGAAGUGUAACCUGACUGAGCGCCAGGUUGAAAGAUGGUUUCGGAGUCGGCGGAAUCAGGACAGGCCUUGCAGGAUGAAGAAAUUCCAGGAGGCUUGCUGGCGAUUUGCAUUUUACUUAGUGAUCACUGUGGCUGGGAUUGCAUUUCUUUAUGAUAAACCUUGGGUAUAUGACCUCGGGGAGGUGUGGAAUGGCUAUCCCAGACAGCCCUUGCUGCCAUCCCAGUACUGGUACUACAUCCUGGAAAUGAGUUUUUAUUGUUCUCUCUUAUUUAGCCUGGGCUCUGAUGUGAAGAGGAAGGAUUUUCUCGCUCAUGUCAUCCACCACCUGGCUGCUCUCAGCUUGAUGAGCUUCUCCUGGUGCGCUAACUACAUUCGCAGUGGGACCCUGGUGAUGAUUGUGCACGACGUGGCCGACAUUUGGCUGGAGUCUGCGAAGAUGUUUUCUUACGCUGGAUGGAAGCAAACUUGCAAUACCCUGUUCUUCAUCUUUUCCGCCAUAUUUUUCAUCAGCCGCCUCAUUAUCUUCCCCUUCUGGAUCUUAUACUGCACGCUGGUGAUCCCGAUGCUCUACCUCGAGCCCUUCUUCUCCUACAUCUUCCUCAACCUGCAGCUCAUGGUCCUGCAAGUCCUCCACCUGUACUGGGCUUACUUCAUCCUGAAGAUGCUCAAGAGAUGCAUGUUCACCAAGAACAUCCAGGAUGUGAGGAGUGAUGACGAGGAGGAGUACGAAGAGGAGGGAGAGGAAGAGGAAGAGGGGAAGGAAGAAGCCCCCAAAGACAAAGAGAAAGACUGUUUGAAGAACGGACUCGGGCCCGACCGGAGCCUCCUUCCCAAUGGUCACCAUGGCCGUUAGCGGGAAGCCCACGUGGGUCCGCGGGCCAGUGUGGCCAGGGCCGCAGAAGCCAGGCUGCCCUCCAUCACUGCAACCCAGGACUCACAGGGACCCCAGGUCCGCCCUCCCUCUCCCCCACGCCCCCUUCAGAUGUAUUUAAGAAAAACGUUGUCGGGUUGUGUUAAAAUGUUAAAUAUAAGCGUUCCCAUGGGUUUACUGCAGGUAGGACCAGACCGGUCAGAGACUCACAGAUCUCUCCAGGGAGCCGUGUCGGUUCUCCUUGUCGUUCCUUGGAGAUGGUGGCACUUCAGGAGCUCCCUUUGCUGCGGGCGUUGCACCGCCCGCCUUGCCCAUCCCUAGCGAGUGCAGCAGCGCUGUUAACCCGCUUCCUCCGAUGGGCUCGGCCACAGAGAGAGCUCCUUGCCCCAGAGCGACUGAGAGGUAGCGAUGGGACAGGGGCUUGUUUUAAACCUCCCAAGCCUGUUGCUCUGUCUGUCCAAGGGGAAGAAUACCUGACCCGCCUACCUCACAGGCUCGGAGGAAGGAUCCAAUGACAGAAGGCAACUCUGGGGUUAUUGUCACUCAACCUCGUCCCCUGCAAUUCCAGCUCCCUUUGGGAGAGAGAACCUGGCUAAGCUGGGCAUUGCAUGGGCCUGAAGGAGAGACACUGUCUUAAAACAUCCCCAUUCAGCCUGCCUGGAGACAUCUGGAAAUGCAAAUGCCCAGAAGGCCCUUUCCAUUUUACCCUGAAACUAUUUAUUUGUUAGCUUCCCAAGGGUAGUUUCCGAAUUCCCUGGGAAUUCUCCUCCCUCAGGCCCAAUGGCCACAGGGAGGGAGUUGGGUCCCAUCCCAUCGUCUUGCGUUGUGCUGGUCUGUCCUCCUUUUCUUCUCUGAAAGGCCAGCAGAGCUACCCAGCAGGCCCGGGGGUCCACCUGGGGGCCUUGGGGGAGUGGGACUGGUCAGGUUGCUCCCUGAGCCACUAUCACCGGGAAACCGGAGCCUCUGGGCAUGAUAUGCGUGUGAGCUCCUGACCCAGAGGAAACCUUAGACCCGGGAGGAGGGUGCUGCCCAUUCAUCUCCCCUGUCACCAGCCAGACUGCCAAGUAGCAACACAGAGCCAGAGGCAGCCUGGCCGACACCCCAGACGGCCAAGCGCAGGUGCUCGCGUCAGCCACAGCUCCCGGGCCACCUGCGUGUCUGGGAGGACGGAGGGCCGGGGCUCCGGGGCUGCGCUCGGGCCCACGGGGACAUGUCUCCUGAGCCCAGCAUGCAGGGCAGGCCCGGGGCGUUAGGUGUCUGCUGGCUGAGGAGAGGCCACUCCCAGCAGAAGGAAAACCAGGCACCAUGUGCACCCCUCCCACCCCCGUCUCUCGGACGCUUUGGUCACUCUGUGCACCUUCGUCUCAUUUCACUCAGGGCCCGUAUUUAAGCCAAGGGACAGCUAGGACCGUGGGCACCGGUCACGCGUCCACACAGGCCCCGCCGACUGGGCUGCGGCCCCGGAGCAGGACGGCUCUGUGCGCAGGACAGGUACCUGAACGUGCGUUUUACUUAAAAGAUGUUUUUUUGUUGUUGUCUUUUUUUUUUUUUUUUAAUUUAGUUCUUUUUAACUAAAAAGAUGUUUUUAAAACCUUCAGGUUAAACCGAAACCAAAACCGUUCAGAAUUCUUCCCCCAAUGGAAUCUCCUUUUGAGAACUCCCUAGGACAGUAGAACAGCAUGUGGCACGUGUUCUCUGCACAGCCACGUUGGCCACUGCGAGUCCAGUGCGUUGUCCCCAUAAUGUUACGUUAUAACCCGAAGUGCCCGCACCCUCCCAAGGGCACCGCUGUGGAACUAUUAUUACUAUUACAUUAUUGUUGUUUUGGUGGAAGAAGAGCACGCUGAGAUAGAGUUUUUUAAUGUUUUUCGUUGGCAGAGUAUUUGUUCUUUGAUUUAUUUUGGCGUUGUCUCUGUACCAAGUAUCUUCUCGCUUACGGUAAAGAAUUGUUUAUUGGC